CCGGGGGACGCGGACACAGGCCGGGGGUGGGAGCGGCGCGGCGAGGAGCCGCCGAACAGAGCCGAGCCUGUCCCCGCUCCACUCCGCGCUGAGCCGGAGAUGCUUGAGGCCUCUCUGAUCUUCUGACAUCUGUGACUAGCUGUCACUGAAGAACAUGACAGAACCUGAAGGCUGUACAGAAUUACAGAAUACAGCUCUUGAGCUCAUACCCCACAGUAAUUGAUCAACUGAUCAUAUGCUUCAAGACUUAAAAUAUUAUUAACUAUUUUUUGGACUUGAUAUCAACUCAUGAAGUGAGCAGUUGGGAAGUAGAAGAUACCAAAGGCAGAGAGAAUUUCUAGAUAAUGGAAUAGCAUAUCUACUCAACUUUCAAAAGUUCUGGAAAUAAAAAUCACAAAGCAGUCCAACACGUUUUCAUCCAGGAGUGUAAACCAAGACUGAAUUUCCAAGGCCUGGACAUCUCUGAUAUUCAUUCUGUGUUCUUGUGCAAAAGAUGUCAAAAAACACAUCAGAGAGCUCAACUAACCCUCACUCAGCUCUUCUAGGUCUGUUCUUGGGAAGCAUUUCACUGACCACUGUUGUCAUGAAUAUAUUAGUACUAUGUGCCGUGAAAACUGAAAAGAAGCUGCAAACAGUUGGCAAUUUAUACAUUGUCAGCCUCUCUAUUGCAGAUCUUAUAGUUGGUGCAGCUGUUAUGCCCCUGAAUAUUGUUUAUCUCCUAAGUCCUGUGUGGACUCUAGGCUUACCAGUGUGUUUGUUCUGGCUGUCCAUGGAUUAUGUGGCCAGUACUGCAUCCAUUUUCAAUCUCUUCAUCCUGUGCAUUGACCGUUAUCGUUCAGUUCAGCAACCACUGAAAUAUCUCAAGUAUAGAACAAAAAUGAGAGCAUCGCUAAUGAUUUUGGGGGUUUGGUUGCUCUCCUUCAUGUGGGUCAUUCCAAUCCUAGGAUGGCACGUAUUUGCUAACAAUGGGGAAAGGAAAGUAAAGGAAAACAAGUGUGAAACUGAAUUCUCCAAAGUCACCUGGUUUAAAGUGUUAACAGCCAUUGUUAAUUUCUAUCUACCCUCCAUCAUGAUGUUAUGGUUCUACUAUAAAAUAUUCAGAGCUGUUCGAAAACACUGCCGACACCGAGAGCUUAUCAAUGGAUCAUAUCGGUCUUUCUCAGAAAAAACUCCCACACAUCAUAGGAAGACAAAGGACGAGCAAAAUACUUGCCUCCAAAAGCAAAUCGUAGAUGAGAACACCCCUCCCAAAGAUGAACAAAGCUCCCCUCAGCCCAAAAAUAUGGAGGCAGAGCUUAAUUUCAGUAAUCCUGACAAGUCUUCAAAGGCAUUCGUUAGCAAGAGGAAUAGGAAAGACCUGAAAUGGAGCUGUUUUCCUCUCACCAAUGCUCGGUGUGAGCCAGGCCUGGAUAAAGCAGGAAAGAAGUGUGUGUGCGUAACAAAAGAGAACAAAAAUGAAGAGGAGGCUUGCUCACAAGACAGUGAUUUAAGUGAUGGAUCAGACAACCAUACUUUCACAGAGGAAAUACGCUGUAGAGAGCACCCCAGUCCUAAGCCUGAAAAAGCCUGCAGUCCUCAGGAAGAGACUCGGAACGGUGAUUUCAGAGGACUGACUUACCUGAGGAAAACCUGGCAAAGUCUGCAUACCCAUUCCAAAAGGCGCAUUGAAGGACUGCAUGGGAACAGGGAAAGGAAAGCAGCUAAGCAGUUAGGGGUCAUAAUGGUAGCCUUUAUACUGUGCUGGAUUCCCUAUUUCGUAUUAUUUAUGGUAAUAGCUUUCCAUGGCCAUGAACAGUUUUCGAAAUUACACAUGUUCACUAUAUGGCUUGGGUAUGUGAACUCCACUUUAAAUCCAUUCCUGUAUCCUCUUUGUAACCAGAAUUUCAAGAAGACAUUCAAAAAGAUCCUUCACAUUCACUGAUACUAGUCUGAAUUUUUUUGAGCUAAAAAGCAGCUCAAGAGUCCAACCAAACAAAAUGUUCCAGUUUCAAAGACGAACACCAUGGGUAAAGUAGAAGACUUCAGAAAACUGUAACUUGUACGAGUGUUAGUAAAAGUGGGAAAUGUACAUUUAACAGCUUUAACACAUCUGAAGAAGAAAUAAUUCAGAUGAGGAAUCUGAAAAACUCAGGGGCAAUCUCAGAACUGUUACAGUGUUGUACACAUUUUACAAUUUGAGAUUACCUCUUUCAUCAAGUAGAAUUAAAACUGGAGAUACAAAGAUAGAUCUUCAGUGAUUAUAAAUCGCAGCUACAGGAAAGGAAUAAAUAGAAUAAUGUUUAUGCGAUUGGCCAAAUAUAUUUUUCUCUUUCGACUUACUCCAUUAAACACAGGAACACACUGCUUGUGAAGUAAGAUCUGCAAGUGGAGGUACUUUGCACAAAGAAGCUUCAACUGUUUUAAAAAAAUCUGCCCUAUUUAUUUAUAGCUUCCCUCAAAUUAUAAAAUUUUUUUAAAUGUUAAGUCAUAUUGUAACCUACUGUACCUCUUUCAUAUCAUGCUUGCUUCAUUUGUACCCGUACAUGUUAACUUCACUGAAAAAAAAAAAGUAUUUUUAUGUCCUAGAAAUUUUGCUAAGACUUUCCAUACUCAAUGCCCUAUCAUGAUCUAUUCAAGAAGGGUAUGCUGUUCUUUCUAGACUUAUGGAAUAUAGUUGGUUAUAGACUACACAUAUUUUCUUCUUCCUACAAGUUGACAAAUAACCUAAGCAUGCACUGGCAAUAUUAAUCCAUGUAUCCUUUCCUUGUAGUAGGCAAACUCUUAUUAAUACAAUGAGGCAAACUCACGAGGAACAACUCAAGCUUGAAAAACUGAAAAUAAAAUACAUGAAGUAUGUUUACCUUUUCUAUCCUUUAUAUUUAAUUGCAUUUUAUAAACCAUGCUGUAAAUGCUGUAAAAUAUUUCAGGAGAAACACACAAUAGUAGAAUACUCUAGGUUGGAAGGGAUCUCAGGAGGACAUCUAAGUACAACCUACAAGUCAAAGCUGGCUGGCUUUGACAUUACAUCAUGUUGCUCAGGGUCUUGUCCACAACAAGCACCUGUAAAAGCAGCUUCAUCUGGAAAAGGUGUGAGGCAGCCUCGACAGAGAAGUUUGCCGCUAAGGUUCACUCUACCAACUUGGAGCGUUCACUUGCUCAGCCAUUGAUUUAGCUGUUUCUAAGUACUAAUUCUCAAAAACAGACAUACUCUGUUAUACAGCAGGAAUCAAUCCCCUCUUCUUAAAUGCAGUCAGGUGUAGAUUUGUUCCCAAAAGAAGAAGACCUAGUUCCUCAGCAAAAAAAUACAUAGUGGCAUGUAUUGCAUGAACUAACUUAUCAGGAAGCUUACAACUUCACAAAAUAAAACCCAAAAUAAAACCCAAAAAAGAAUAUACAGACUGGGCAGCAGGGAGGUGAAUUGAGGCAGAGUAGAUCUGGGGCCCUGUAUUAACCGAAUAUCUCAAGACGGCGUACCGCCUUGUUAGAGGCACACCAGUAAAGCAUUCAUUCCUAUUCUUCUGCUAAGGAACUCAGAGAAACAUUUGGAGCAGACACUGUGGAGUAUGUUUUUAAGAAGGAAUCCCAGAACCAUAUAACUUCAACAGCUAAAGUCACAUUUGCAUGUAAUAUGUUGAGUUUAUGCGAGUCUUUUCCAUACACUUUGGGAAGGAUGAUGAGGAAGGCAUCCUGAAGGUUCAAUAUAAAAAGAAUGUCCCCCCAUUCAUUUUGUUGUGGUGAUGAAUUUACCACUUCCUGAAUGCUUUCUUGCUUCUGAAAUUGCUUGGUUAGCUUAACAACCAAGAUCUGAUGGAACUGGAACUCCUUCAGUUGAGUACUGUCAAGAGUUUGGCGGGAUGAGUUAAAGGGAUGUUCUGUGUAAUAUCUUUAUUAUAUCAGAAGCGAAAAAUGGCAGUUUAAUGAUCGGAGAAAUUCUGAAUUCUAUGUUCUUAAUUAAUUAUCUUGAGCUACUUAGAGACCCUCUGUGCCACGUGUGCCUACUUCAUAAAGUGAAUAUGAUAAGCCUUACAGUGACAAUGCAACACUUAGGAUAAUGUUUGCAUGAUGUUCAGAAUUUUUUUAUAUAAUACACUAAUUAAAUGCAAAGUAUUAGUAUCCUCUGUCAGUUUUAUCUCUCUGAAUUAAACACCUGAAUGGAAGUAGCUGUAUUUAAAGUAUUCAAUAUUAAAUGAAGCCUUAAUAUAUCUGCAUUUUAAUAAAUUGGAAAAAUGUGUUAAAGGAAUAAACUUAUAUUCAGUCUAUUUCAAUGUAUUAUACAAGGUUCAGAGAUUAGUUGACUUCGAUCUCUAGCAUGCAGGAAAAACUGCAAUUAGGGGACUCAAAACUAGGAGAAAAAAAAGGCAAAAUACAGAGACAGAAUAUAUAAGCAGCAAAAAUAAUUCCAGAAUUUGGGCAACUUUUUCACUGCAGGAGCAGCAUCUCCACAAGUAAUAAAAUACGCCUUCUUUUGGACUACAGAGCAGCAUCUUCUGACACAUGUGCUCUAAUCCAAUGGCCUUUCACAAAGAAUUGCUCUGAUUCAUGGCCAUUAUGAUUUUUUUUCUAUUGUGAUAUGCAACAGCAAUUCUAGCCAAAACGGAUGGUAAUUUUAGGUGAUGCCUGAGGAAAUAAAAAAGCAGCACACUAAGUCAGCGACAGUUAUUAGUGUACACCCCUGAAACGUGCUCACCCAAGGGCUAGAGUUAUCAAGAAGUCUACCCUCUUGAUCAAGACAGUUGCCUUUUCUGACUUUACAAUGUAUUAAUACAUGAAACAGCAACCUAAACAAAAUCACUGAAAAUUGGUCUAAAAAUUAUGAUGGCUAUAACAAAGAAUACAUCUGGUAUAAUUAAACAUUCAAACACAGAACACCUAAACCUAGGCAAAUAAAGCUGCCUGAAUGUUUUUUAUCUCCAUUUUUAUCCAUAAUCUUAGUGUAACUGUGUUAAUAAUAAAGACAAGCAAAGUUGUCACAGUGGGUUUCUCUGAUGUGAUAGCUGUAAUAGAUAAUAAUAAAACAGGAAAAUGGGAUACUGCCUAUUUUAAACUUCUCAUGAGCAAGGUACCUAACAGGAUUUAUCAGUUUAUUUUGUGGAACAGGCAAUUCAGAUGGCUCUGGAUGAAAGAGAAGCAGAGGAAAGAACAUUAGGGUAAGGAAUGGAGAAGCCUACUACCACGUGGGGCCAAGCCUCAAGAGAAAAUUCCAGGUGUGGUUUCUUGUAAAAUAUUUUCAAAAUUUUCCAGUUAAUAAACAAGGUCAGAGGACACACAGUUUUAAGACAACAUAAUAAAUUCAUUGGAAUCUCCUGGACUGGAGUUCUGCUUUGAUUAAGGUGUGGUGAGAACCAUCAACCCCGCUUUUAAGAGCCAGAAAGAUAUUCUCAUAUUUUUUUCUGUGUCAGUGGUGACAUCUGCUGGGUAAUGAGAAGAAUUCUGAACUUCUGCAUCAAAUACUGUGUAUCAUGCAGGUUUAUUAAAGGAGGGGUGCAAUUAGGAAGUGGAUUCUGCCAUCUAGUGCAUGUUUCUUUUCCCAUAAUGUUUUCAGGAAAUGUGUCACUCAAUAAAGGAAACAUGAGUGUAUGUGCAGGUUUUGGCUUCAUUCCAUCAUCUGAAAGGACUCCAUUACAUUAGGUGUGAGACCACUUUGUGACACACUUUGUGAGAGCAAAAUAAAUGAGAAUAAAUGAAAGAUUCACUUUAAAAAUGUAUUUCUAAUCCUAAAAUAUUAAUAUAGGAGCACUGUAGACACCUCUGAAUAGUUCUAGAGGAGGUCCUGGCUUCUGUAGACUGCUGUCUCAGGAUGAGCCUCCUAACUUAGCUGGGAUGGCUUAAGUUCCUAAAGAUGAGGUGUGAGAAGAUACUUGAAAGUUUCAGUGUGUGCAUUCUCUCCACCAGAAUGAGAAUUUGUUCAUUUGGAAAUGCCAUUUAAAUAGUAUGCAUACACACUCACUUUUGUUGAUUCAUUAAGUAUGUCCUGGUUUUGGCUGGGAUAGAGCUAGUUUUCCUUCUUAGUAGCUAGAAUAGUGAUGUGUUUUGGAUUCACUAUGGGAUUUGGUAUAAGAAGAAUGUUGAUAAUACACUGAUUUUUUUAGCUGUUGGUAAAAAAUCAAGGGCUUUUCAACUUCCCAUGUCCUGCUAGUGUGCAGAUACACAAGAAGCUGGGAGGGAGCACAGCCAGAGCAAUGGACACCAAUAGAGCAAUGGAAUAUUUCAUAUCACAUAACGAUAUGCUCAGCAUAUAGAUGAAGGCUGGCCAGGAAGCUGGGGCUCUUUCUCUUCUGGGACUGUGGGUUUGGGGUUUUCCCUCCUCUGUGAUCGGUAGCUGGGAACAGGCUGGGCAUCGGUUAGCAGGUGGUGAGCAAUCACACUGUGCAUAAUUAAUUUGUCUUUCCUAUUAUUAUUG